AUGAUUUUCCAGGUACUUUUGGGGUUUCUAACCCUUUCCACUGCUAUUGGUUCAACAGCCAAUGCCAAUGCCAAUGCCAAUGCGAACUGCUAUGGUUCCAAUGUGAUUUCAGCACCUUCAGCAGACCAUCGCCCGGUGCCAUGGGGCACUCCGAGCGUCCAUUUUUCGUCAUUAAAUGGCACGUUAACUACGUGCUGUAACACUUUGGAUGAGAUCCGAACCGCGCUAGAUGAUAUCGACGAUCAAAUACUUCAGCUCCUAAAUCGGCGAGCCGCAUACGUCCGUGAGGCAACUCGUUUCAAAUCCACCCGGGCUUCUGUGAACGUUCCCUCGCGCAAUGAGGCCGUUCUCCAACAGGCAGAGCAGCAGGCAGUGCAUAUCGGGGUACCACUGACGAUUGCCCGGGCGGCCAUGGGGGCCAUUCUGAACUCCAGCGUGCCCUUUGAACAGUGCAUUUUCGAUGCCUAUACGGAGUAA